AUGAAAAUGUAAAAGUUGUAUCUUUGAGUCCAUGUGCCAUUUUUCCCUCGGAUUUACAAACUAUGCACACAUGCCCCUUAUUCGUCAUCUCUCUGUCUGAAUAGGGCAUCAAAUGUCAAACACACAGCACAGAGGCAGAGAGCUAGUUAAAUAUGAUGCUGACAAUAACUUAUCACCCAGCUAACAGAGAACAAUACUUUUGGAUGACAUUCCACUCAAGGUCCCAUAAACCCCUGUAGUUAUCACCUAAAAUAAUGAACAGACCAUGCUAAAAGUGUUCUGAGAACACUGUGUUUUAUAUGGUCUCAUGACUUAUAACACCAUGCCACUCUCUCUCUCUCUCUCUCUCUCUCUCUCUCUCUCUCUCUCUCUCUCUCUCUCUCUCUCUCUCUCUCUCUCUCUCUCUCUCUCUCUCUCUCUCUCUCAAUUCAACUCAAUUCAAGGGGUUUUAUUGGCAUGGGAAACAUAUGCUGACAUUGCCAUAGCAAGUGAAAUGGAUAAACAAAAGUGAAAUAAACAAUAAAAAGUGAACAGUAAAUAUUACACUGACACAAGUUCCAAAAGAAUAAAGACAUUUCAAAUGUCAUAUUAUGUAUAUAUACAGUGUUGUAACAAUGUGCAAAUAGUUAAAGUACAAAUGGGAAAAUAAAUAAACAUAAAUAUGGGUUGUAUUUACAAUGGUGUUUGUUCUUCACUGGUUGCCCUUUUCUUGUGGCAACAGGUCACAAAUAUUGCUGCUGUGAUGGCACACUGUGGUUUUUCACCCAGAAGAUAAGGGAGUUUACCAAAAUUAGGUUUGUUUUCCAAUUCUUUGUGGAUCUCUGUAAUCUGAGGGAAAUAUUUGUCUCUAAUAUGGUCAUACAUUUGGCAGGAGGUUAGGAAGUGCAGCUCAGUUUCCACCUCAUUUUGUGGGCAGUGUGCACAUAGCCUGUCUUCUCUUGAGAGCCAGGUCUGCCUACGGCAGCCUUUCUCAAUAGCAAGGCUAUGCUCACUGAGUCUGUACAUAAUCAAAGCUUUCCUUAAGUUUGGGUCAGUCACAGUGGUCAGGUAUUCUGCCACUGUGUACUCUCUUUUUAGGGCCAAAUAGCAUUCUAGUUUGCUCCGUUUUUUUGUUAAUUCUUUCCAAUGUGUCAAGUAAUUAUCUUUUUGUUUUCUCAUGAUUUGGUUGGGUCUAAUUGUGUUGUUGUUGUCUCUCUCUCUCUCUCUCUCUCUCCCCCCCCCAUCUCAGUGGGAUGAGGUCAGUGUCCUGGAUGACAGGGGGAAUCUUAUCCGGACCUUUGAGGUCUGCAACGUCAAUCAGAACCCCCGUGUCCAGGACAACUGGCUGGCCACGCCCUUCCUCUUCCGCUUCUCGGCACCACGGGUCUUUGUGACGCUGCGUUUCUCCGUGCGGGACUGUGCCAGUCUGCGCUCGCCCUCGCCCUCCUGCCGCGAGACGCUCACCCUCUACUACAAACAGGCCGACUCACAGAGAGAGCUGGAGAGGACAUGGGCUGCAGAGGUAGGGCAGAAAGACUACACUUCCCAUCAUGCCACUAAUAUCCCACUAAUAUCCCACCUUCUUAUUUUAGGUGUAAUGCCACAUUCACAUAAUCGUCGGAACAUCCUUUUUCCUAAUUGUGAUGUCGGAAAUAAUAUUUUUUUUCAUUAAUGUGCUUUUUAGUCGGAACAAUGCUUCAACCAGAUAAUAUUUUAGCUAGCUUGAUAAGCUGACGUUGCUAAUAAUGAAGUUAGCUAGCUUGCUUAACAUUGACAAUAUGGUCAAACUAGCUACAUUAUCCAUAUUGAUAAGGUUUUAGUUGUAGUUAUGACAUAACAACCAUUCCUGGACCUGACUCCAAAAGCGAGCCACCGAUGGACGGUACCAGAAAAUAUGUUCUAUUGAUUCUGUUUCCUCAUGUCUACACAAGGCUGACUGUUCAAUGCCCCAUAUAUUGAGCAUUCUUUUUGUAGCAAGUCUUUUAUAUAAUAGCUUACAUUAAAAUUAAUUAAUUGAUGUGUCAAUUGUUGUUUUAUAUGUCAGUUCAUAGACCCGAUGCCAAGGUAUUGGGACAUCAAAAACUGACUAGAAUUUGAUAUGGUAUUGCUGUCAAAUCUUUUUACACUAAGUGAAACUGAUACAUUUUUCGAUUUAUACUAAUAAUUUUAAGCAAAUUAAGAUUUUUAAUGGGUUCAAAUUCAAAACAAUAAUCUUUAAGUAAUUGUCUCUUCCCAUGGUAUUUAUAGUUUCUAAAAACUUCUGUCAAGACGUAGAGCAUAAAGACUACAUUUCCAAAUAUCCCAUUUUGGUAAUAUGUAAUUCUGCAUACUCCAAAAAUCAUGUUCCAAAAACAAGGAAUAAUGUUGCUUUGGUUUGCCAUAACAUUCCUCUCAUUCUCAUCCCCCUCAAUCUCAUUAAAUAAACAAACUUUCCCAUCUCACAUCGGUGCUUUGUAGUUCCUACCCUCAGGGCUUGUGGUUUCCAGUGGAGAGCAGUUACAGAGCUGUUUUGCCGAGCUGAUAGAGUGCUGAGCUCUUGUUGCGUCAGCGUGUCGUGUGCUGCUCUCACAGAAGGAAGGAUGCAGUAUUUGUGGAUGAAUACAUUUCUCCUUGGGGAAAGUUAGAUGCUGUUUAAAAAUGCAAAUAAGAGCCUGAUGAGUGAAGUGUAGCGGAAUGUAGAGUGUGGAGCAGCAGGAAGGCCAGGAGUCUGAGUCUCUGGGGAAAGUUAGCACGGUUACCUUGAAACUCUCUGGGGAAAGUUAGCACGGUUACCUUGAAACUCUCUGGGGAAAGUUAGCACGGUUACCUUGGAACUCUCUGGGGAAAGUUAGCACGGUUACCUUGAAACUCUCUGGGGAAAGUUAGCACGGUUACCUUGGAACUCUCUGGGGAAAGUUAGCACGGUUACCUUGAAACUCUCUGGGGAAAGUUAGCACGGUUACCUUGGAACUCUCUGGGGAAAGUUAGCACGGUUACCUUGGAACUCUCUGGGGAAAGUUAGCACGGUUACCUUGGAACUCUGGGGAGAAUUAGAUUAGAUUAAAACACAGACUGUCACUGGUCCGCGACUGUUUUAUAUUUGACUCAAUUAGUACCCUCAGAGCUAACUAACUGUUGUAUUCUGUUAAAUACUUUAAUCAACUGUUACAUACUCUUUAUCUUCUCCUUCUCCCUGAUCCCUUGCUUUUUCAUGAUCUCUCUCUCUUAUCCCCCUCUCCUCCCCUCCCUCUCUUUCUCCCCUCCCCCAUCCCUGUCCAGCCAUCCAGUGGAGAGAAGGACACGAGGGAGGGCUGGGUGAAGAUUGACACCAUAGCAGCAGAUAAGAGUUUCACCAAGGUGGAGCCCAGCCUGCCUCACCAGUACCAACCAGACCGCUACCGACGGGUCAAUGUCAAAACCCGCAGCUUCGCUCCGCUCACACGCAAUGGGUACUGUAUGAGAACAUUUGAAACAAAUUCAUGACAAAUUCCCAUAUUCAAACCAUGCUCAUCACUUGUGACAAAAAGUCCUUUGCCACCUUGUAGGCAAUAGUGUAUGCUAACUAACACACCUAAAUCCACGCUGUCACCUAUCUAGUGGUCCUUCAAUCCUGAUAAUAAGUUAACAUGUUAUGACCCUUGACCCUUGUUUCAGAUUCGUCCUGGCCAUCGUCGACAGUGGCGCAUGCGUCUCUCUCAUGGGUGUGUCCAUCUUCUACCGCCGCUGCCCGGCAACCAAUCUCUAUCUUGCUUCCUAUCCGGCCACACCCUCAGGGGCAGAGCCUACUGCCCUGGUCCCUGUGACUGGGACUUGUGUUCUCCACAGCCAAGCACAGGGAGGCUCUGCCCCUCGCAUGCACUGCAACGCAGAAGGUGACUGGAUGGUGCCGGUGGGCGGGUGCAUCUGUGAAGAGGGAUACGAGCCCAGUCAAAACGGAUCUGCCUGCUUAGGUGAGUCCCAAUGUAAACAUUAAUAUCAACAAAGUCUGGUAUACUUUUUGAAACUUAAAUCACACACACACACUAAAAUGUCAAAGGACCAACAAUAUCUAACAAUAUCUAAAGUUUUGGCCUCCUCUCCCCCUUCCUGUCAAUUUUCCUGUCAGUUCUCCUGUCCCCCCUCCUGUCAGUUCUCCUGUCCCCCCUCCUGUUAGUUCUCAUGUCCCCCCGCCUGUCAGUUCACUUGUCCCCCUCCUGUCUGUUCUCCUUUCCCCCAUCCUGUCAGUUCUCCUGUCCCCCCUCCUGUCAGUUCUCCUGUCCCCCCUCCUGUUAGUUCUCCUGUCCCCCCUCCUGUCAGUUCUCCUGUCCCCCCUCAUGUCAGUUCUCCUGUCCCCCCUCCUGUCAGUUCUCCUGUCCCCCCUCCUGUCAGUUCUCCUGUCCCCCCUCCUGUCAGUUCUCCUGUCCCCCCUCCUGUCAGUUCUCCUGUCAGUUCUCCUGUCCCCCCUCCUGUCAGUUCUCCUGUCCCCGCUCCUGUCAGUUCUCCUGUCCCCCCUCCUGUCAGUUCUCCUGUCCCCCCUCCUGUCAGUUCUCCUGUCCCCGCUCCUGUCAGUUCUCCUGUCCCCCCUCCUGUCAGUUCUCCUGUCCCCCCUCCUGUCAGUUCUCCUGUCAGUUCUCCUGUCCAACUCCUGUCAGUUCUCCUGUUCACCCUCCUGUCAGUUCUCCUGUCCCCCCUUCUGUCAGUUCUCCUGUCCCCCCUCCUGUCAGUUCUCCUGUCCCCCCUCCUGUCAGUUCUCCUGUCCCCCCUCCUGUCAGUUCUCCUCUCCCCCCUCCUGUCAGUUCACCUGUCACCCCUUCUGUCAGUUCUCCUGUCCCCCCUCCUGUCAGUUCUCCUGUCCCCCCUCCUGUCAGUUCUCCUGCCCCCCCUCCUGUCAGUUCACCUGUCCCCUGUGUCACGAACUGUCUGGAUCAAUAUGAGAUGGAACUGCUGCCGUCUGCCACUCUGAUCACUGGCCCAACUUGACUGAGAGGACAGGGGGAGGAGGGCAGGGAUGGACAAUGGCCCUGUGCAGUGUGCGUGUGUGUGUGUUUCGUGUGGGGGGGUUUAUGAUGGACAAAUGUUUUAUGAGACUAUGUCAACAACAUCCUACAUACAGUGGGGGAAAAAAGUAUUUAGUCAGCCACCAAUUGUGCAAGUUCUCCCACUUAAAAAGAUGAGAGAGGCCUGUAAUUUUCAUCAUAGGUACACGUCAACUAUGACAGACAAAUUGAGGAAAAAAAAUCCAGAAAAUCACAUUGUAGGAUUUUUAAUGAAUUUAUUUGCAAAUUAUGGUGGAAAAUAAGUAUUUGGUCACCUACAAACAAGCAAGAUUUCUGGCUCUCACAGACCUGUAACUUAUUCUUUAAGAGGCUCCUCUGUCCUCCACUCGUUACCUGUAUUAAUGGCACCUGUUUGAACUUGUUAUCAGUAUAAAAGACACCUGUCCACAACUUCAAACAGUCACACUCCAAACUCCACUAUGGCCAAGACCAAAGAGCUGUCAAAGGACACCAGAAACAAAAUUGUAGACCUGCACCAGGCUGGGAAGACUGAAUCUGCAAUAGGUAAGCAGCUUGGUUUGAAGAAAUCAACUGUGGGAGCAAUUAUUAGGAAAUGGAAGACAUACAAGACCACUGAUAAUCUCCCUCGAUCUGGGGCUCCACGCAAGUUCUCACCCCGUGGGGUCAAAAUGAUCACAAGAACGGUGAGCAAAAAUCCCAGAACCACACAGGGGGACCUAGUGAAUGACCUGCAGAGAGCUGGGACCAAAGUAACAAAGCCUACCAUCAGUAACACACUACGCCGUCAGGGACUCAAAUCCUGCAGUGCCAGACGUGUCCCCCUGCUUAAGCCAGUACAUGUCCAGGCCCGUCUGAAGUUUGCUAGAGUGCUUUUGGAUGAUCCAGAAGAGGAUUGGGAGAAUGUCAUAUGGUCAGAUUAAACCAAAAUAGAACUUUUUGGUAAAAACUCAACUCGUCGUGUUUGGAGGACAAAGAAUGCUGAGUUGCAUCCAAAGAACACCAUACCUACUGUGAAGCAUGGGGGUGGAAACAUCAUGCUUUGGGGCUGUUUUUCUGCUAAGGGACCAGGACGACUGAUCCGUGUAAAGGAAAGAAUGAAUGGGGCCAUGUAUCGUGAGAUUUUGAAUGAAAACCUCCUUCCAUCAGCAAGGGCAUUGAAGAUGAAACGUGGCUGGGUCCUUCAGCAUGACAAUGAUCCCAAACACACUGCCUGGGUAACGAAGGAGUGGCUUCGUAAGAAGCAUUUCAAGGUCCUGGAGUGGCCUAGCCAGUCUCCAGAUCUCAACCCCAUAGAAAAUAUUUGGAGGGAGUUGAAAGUCCGUGUUGCCCAGCGACAGCCCCAAAACAUCACUGCUCUAGAGGAGAUCUGCAUGGAGGAAUGGGCCAAAAUACCAGCAACAGUGUGUGAAAACCUUGUGAAGACUUACAGAAAACGUUUGACCUGUGUCAUUGCCAACAAAGGGUAUAUAACAAAGUAUUGAGAAACUUUUGUUAUUGACCAAAUACUUAUUUUCCACCAUAAUUUGCAAAUAAAUUCAUAAAAAAUCCUACAAUGUGAUUUUCUGGAUUUUUUUUUCUCAUUAUGUCUGUCAUAGUUGACGUGUACCUAUGAUGAAAAUCACAGGCCUCUCUCAUCUUUUUAAGUGGGAGAACUUGCACAAUUGGUGGCUGACUAAAUACUUUUUUUUCCCCACUGUAAAUGAAUAUGUGCUUAUGUCUGGGAGCAUAAGUAGGAGAUGAGGGCUUUGUGUUGUGUUCUGUCUCUGUGUUGGUGUUUUCACUGGAGAAGCAGGAAGGGAGCAGAGCUCAGGGGAAUAAGAGACAGCUUGUCAGACCAAGAGCUCAACUACUGCUUCAACUAGUCCCACUUGACCCAGUGUGUUAGCACAGAGGAGGAGAGGAACACACUCUCUCUCUCUCUCUCUCUCUCUCUCUCUCUCUCUCUCUCUCUCUCUCUCUCUCUCCUCCUCUCCUCUCUCUCUCGCUCUCUCUCUCCUCCUCUCUCUCUCUCUCUCUCUCUCUCUCUCUCGCUCACUCACUCACUCACUCACUCACUCACUCACUCACUCACUCACUCACUCACACACUCACACACACACACACAACAGGGACAUGGACACUACACCACAGUCUGUGUCAGUGUGCACCCUGAAGGAGUAAAGGGUUCAAUCUUCACUGGGUGGGGGUCAACGAGAAAGAUACGUUUUGGAGAAAUCUCAAGAAAUACAUCAUGGAAUAUCGAGAGAGGGAGUGAGGGAAAGAGAGAGGGAGAGAGAGAGGAGGGGGGAUAGAGAGAGGGGAGGGGGAGAGAGAGAGGGGAAGAGAGCAAGAGAGGAGAUGGGAUUAGGAAAGGGGGAGGGAGAGGAGAGAGAGGGGAUAGAGAGGGGGAGGUGGGGAGAGAGAGGAGUGGCAUAGGAGAGAGUGUUUGAUUAGAUGAGGGGGUAGUGAUCGGAGGCGGGGGAUAUAUCUGGUGUUGAGCUAGAGGAGAUAGCUGCUUAUAUUGUGUUUUUCUCUCUUAGAAUGUGGGUCGAUGCUUCAUUUAUUCUUUUUUACUUCUUGUCGGACUUCUGUUUUUGAUUUUCUUUCUUUUUCUUUUCUAUCUAUACUCUACUCUUCGCUCAUUUUUCUCUCUCGCUAGAUCCUCUUGAGGAUCGUGAGGGGAGAGAGAGGGAUUAGGAUGCAAGAGCUGUGACCACAUUUAGGUCAUAGUGAUGUAAUGGCCACUCGUCUGUGAACAAGUGACAGAAACCACAUCGAGAGAGAGAGCGAAAGAGAGAGGGAGAGAGGGAAGAGAGAGGGGAUAAGUGGACACAAGUUAAUGACUCAAGGAAUUGAGCAAGCAGAAAGUCUGAGGAAAGUAAGGACACAGAGAGAGGGGGAAGGGGUAUUGACUGAGAUGUGGAGAGCAGGAGCCUGUGUGGUGUGGUGUGUGUGUGCUUGUUUGUUUGUCUGUUCCAACACUCUUAGAUAAAAGGGUUCCAAAAGGGUUAUUCGGCUGUCCCCAUAGGAGAACCCCUUUUGUUUCCAAGGAGAACCCUUUUUGGUUCCACGUAGAACCGUUUUGGGUUCCAUGUAGAACUCUCUGUGGAAAGGGUCCUACAUGGAACCCAAAAGGGUUCGACCUGGAACCGAAAGGGCUCUACUUGGAACCAAAUAGGGUUCUUCGAAGGGUUCUCCUAUGGGGACAGCCAAAUAACCAUUUUAGUUUUGUCUCUAUGUGUGUGUGUGUGUAUGUGAGUGAGUGUGUGUGUGUGUUAUCCCUGGACUGUUGACAGUUGAAGGUAAAGGUCCAGUAAAGGUCCAGUCCAGCAGUUCUCUGUGGUGCUAUAUGCUACCCUCUCCUCCACAGGCCAGGGCUGGUCAGGGGCCUCCCAGUCCCAAGCUAGCUAACAGCUUCAUUAAUACUGCUGCUCUGUACCAAGUCAACUGUGAAAUGUCUUCAUGCUCUAAUGGCUUACAUCUGGGCUCUCUCCACCACUCACACGGUUUGUCCCACUUUGAUUGAUAUUUACUGACAAAUAACCACUUCAACUCUGUGGCUUGGCCUCCCAGAUAGGGCUAAACAGAUCACAAGGAGUGGGUGCCCCACCCACGCAGGGUUUUUUGUGUUCUAAUUAUUCUGUGAUUAUGCUUAGUUGAUCAAGUCAUUGACUAAUGAUGUGGAUGUGACGUCAUGGCAUUGUUGUCCCUGUUUGGUCGUUUGGAUGAGAAAAAUGAUAGCUGAGACGGUCACUGUGGUCGCUGUGGGUUUUUAUUCUACAUUGUCUCUGAGGCUCUUGUAUAAAUAUCUGUGUAGACUCCAAGAACUCAGUUGUACGGCUCUAAGGGGGUUCAAGGCACAUUCAAGAUCGGAACUGAUGAAUGAUAUGUUCAUUCAGCAAAAGCUGUAAUCCAAAUGGACUUACAGUUAAGCUAUUCAUUAGAAGUGACCUGUGCUGGAAUUAAACCCACAACCGCUUGGUGUUACAAGCACCAUCCAUGCUCUAACCAGCUCAGUCAUCAGAACCACUAACUCCUCUCAGAUCCUCUAGUGAUGACAGGGAACAGAGCAGGAGACAAGCAGCGCUCUGUUCUCUGCUAAGCAGAAGACCUACAGUAGAUGUUUUCUCCGUUGACAUUUGCGUCUCCAGAGAGAGAGAAAGAGAAAGCGUAUGCUCAGCAGAAGCACGACUGA